AUGGCUGGCCUAAUCCGGCUUGCUGCUUCAAGCAGCGGUAGACGGCUCUCAACAAGAGGCUUUUCAUCCACCACUAUCGUCCGUAGCGAAGUUCCUCCAGCCAUCAACACAGAAACCGUCGUUCAGAAGAAACCCAUUGGAGGCUUUCGAGGAGGCAUCGUUGGAUUUUUGUUCGGGUUCUCACUAGCAUCGUCUCUGGCUGCCUACCACUUGUUGGAAGAGUACCAACGCGCCUCAGCUGCUCUCCAGGCGAGCGUGGAGGAAUUGAAGAUUAGCACUGAGAAGGUUUCCUCUCAUGUCCGCCGAAUCGAGGCUGUCGAGAAAGAUUUGAAGGCUCUCAGCAGUGCUUCAGCCUCGAAGGAGGAUAUUUCGAAAGUCAGGGCGGAGGUCAAGAAACUGUACGACGGUCUGCACAUUGAAUUUUUGGAUUUGAGAUCACACGUCUGGGGCAUCCAACAGGACCUCCAAAAACUCUCAAAGAAAGAGUCAACAGAAUACCGCAUCUGA